CCCCGCAGCGGGAGGGGCCGGUCCUCCACGAUCCCGUGAUGCAGCGCGGCGGCGAGCCCCAGCAGUCGGCGGCGGCGGCCGCCAUGUUGUGGUAGUUUGUUGUUCCGCGCGGAGAGGCCGGCGGGCGGCGAGGCAGGCGCGGGCGCAGCGGGGCGCGGGCUCCGGGCUCGCGGGACCGCCGCGCGGGCAGGACGAGGCGCCAUGGCGGCCGCGCUGGGCGGAGGAGCAGAUGAUGACUUUGAUCAAUUUGAUAAGCCUGGUGCAGAAAGGUCUUGGAGGAGAAGAACUGGAGACGAUGACUGGGACAGUGAGCUUGAAGAUGAUUUGCUUGGAGAGGAUUUGCUCGCUGGUAAAAAGAAUCAGUCUGACUUGUCAGAUGAAGAGCUGAAUGAUGAUCUUCUACAGAGUGACAAUGAAGAGGAACAAAAUUUCAGUUCUCAAGGUGUCACAAUUAGUCUUAAUGCUACGACUGGCUUGAUUACAUCAUAUGGACUAUCUGAGACCACUAAUGAUCAAUCUAUACAACAUGAGUCAGAGUAUGACCAAGGGGAGGAUGAAACAGAUUAUGACAAAUCAGAAGAUCGUGAGAUGUACGCUCAGGAGUAUGCAGAGGAAGGACAGUAUGAAGGCAAUGAAGCUGAGCUUACAGAAGACCAAAUAGAGUAUGUGGAAGAGCAGGGAGAGGAAGAAAUUUACAAUGAUGAAGUACUAGACCUUGAAAUCAAUGAACCUCUAGAUGAAUUUCAAGAUGAAGAAUAUAUGCAGUCGUAUAAUGAACAACAAGGAAUGGAAGACCAAGAAGACUAUGUAGCUGAAGAGGAACUGGAAGAAGUUCCUGACUCCCAAACACCUGGAAAUGAAUCUGAAGAGGUGACCAAUGAAACAUUGGAAUUUCAGGAAGAAACAAAAGAGGAAUCGGAUGAAGAGGAGGAUGAUGAUGAAGAAUCUGGACGACUGCGUUUCAAAACUGAACGAAAAGAAGGAACAAUUAUUAGGCUUUCAGAUGUUACAAGAGAGAGAAGAAACAUUCCUGAAACUUUGGAACUUUCUGCAGAAGCCAAAGCAGCAUUACUUGAAUUUGAAGAAAGGGAAAGACAGUUUAAACAAGGACGGUACGGCUCAAGGAGAGGAGGGAGGAGAGGAGGUUCAGUAAUGUGUCAUGGAAUGGGAGAACAAAGAAGAGACAACAAUGAAAGGGGAAGAAUGAAGGAUCACAGGCCUGCAUUGCUGCCAACGCAGCCAUCAACAACGACUCAUUCACAGAGGUUAAUUCCUCCUCAUCAGCAGCCUAUUAGAAGUCUGUUCCAGCAACAACAGCAGCAACAGCUACAGUCUCUGCUUCCUAUACAGCAUCAACAUCAUUCUCCUCCACCUCCAGGGAUGCAUAUGCCCCCGCAAAUGGAAACGCCUAGAAUAAUGAUGACUCCACCUCCAGUGACGCCCCAGCAGCCGAAGAAUAUACAUAUAAAUCCACAUUUCAAAGGGACAGUAGUGACACCUGUGCAAGUGCCCUUGUUGCCAGUCCCAGCCCAGCCAAGACCUGCUGUAGGACCCCAGAGAUUUCCUGGCCCUCCAGAUUUUCAGCAGCAUCCUGGACCUGUUCCCACCAGCUUCACCCAAGCACCACGACUUCCUCUUCAGGACCAAUGGAGAGGCCCACCUCCCCCUCCACCUCCACCACCGCCCCCUCCACCUCCUCCUCAAGAAAGAGAGCCUUUCUUCAUAGGAGAGCCAAGAUUUCCAAGCCAUCAUUUGUUUGAACAGCGCAGUCCCCCACCACCGCCACCUCCUCCACUUCUCAAUAGCACACAUCCUGUUCCUACCCAGAAUCCUCUGCCUUUCAGUCAGCCUGGACCAGGAUUUAAUCAACAAGGGCAGCAACCAGUAUUUCCCAGAGAGAGGCCAAUAAGACCAAACCUACAGCCUCAGGUGGGAAUUCUUCACUUCAACCAGCCGGGUUCAGCAAACCCACGGCCUUUCAUUCCUCCCAGGCAACAGUUCUUACAAGGCCCAGGACAGCCAUUUCUAACAACGCAUGCACAACCCAAUAUGCAGGGUCCCUUGCACCCUCCAUUACAGCCUCAGCCACAGCCGCAGCCUCAGCACCACCACCAGCAGCAACCCCAUCACCAGCAGCAACAGCAGCAGCAUCAACAGCACCAGCACCAGCAACAUCAACAUCAACAUCAGCAUCAUCACCACCUUCCACCACAGCCUUUGAUACCCAUGAACCAGCCACAGUACAGACCUCAUAUACAGACUUCUCAGCAACAGCCAAAUAAUAAUAGAAUGCAGUGUCAACAGCGACAGGGUCCAAUGAAGCCAAGACAUAACACACCAUCACAAAACGUUGUCAAGCGUUCAAAUCAGCAACUACAAGCGACUGCAGCAAGAAAUAGCAACUUGCGUGAAUUACCAAUAGCACCAUCCCACGUUCUUGAAGCUAGCAACAACCGGCGAGCCCCUACACCUGCUGUUCAAGUAAAGCCCAUUACCAGCAUGACACCUACGAAGUCUGUAGUAGGUGUUGGAAACUCCCAGGGAAGGACUGAAAUGAAAGCUCAAGUAGUCACACCAGUUGUUCAGAUUAAACCAGAAGUAAAAUCUGAACCAGAGUUUCCAGAUGAAGAUGAAGAAACCAGAUUAUACCGUUUGAAAAUAGAAGAACAGAAACGUCUAAGAGAAGAAAUUCUGAAACAAAAGGAGCUCAGACGACAACAACAGGCUGGUGCUAGAAAGAGAGAAUUACUUGAAAGACUUGCACAGCAGCAACAGCAGCAGCCUCCUACCCAACAAUCCUUCAUGCAACAAGAGGAGGAAUCCUCAGAAUUGCCUGCCAAUGGAAACCCAUUCAUACCCCAUCCUGGCAUGCAGGCCAGGCAAAAUGUGAAAAACAGACUUCUCGUUAAAAAGCCAGACAUGGUCAUUUCAAAUAUUCAGCCUAAACCCACAGAUUUCCCACAGGCUGGGGCUAAUAUGCAGUUUCAAGGACAGCCAGUAAAAACAAUAAAGCAGGUGAGACAGACUAGACCAGUACCUCAAGGUCAGCUUCCGCUGUCGCAGAAACCAUUACCAACAAAACCUGCUGCAGGAUCACUAACCCCAGCACAGACUGCUAGAGUGGCUUCAAUACAAGGAAGGCCUCAGGAUCUGAAACCAGGUGUGAAAAGGACUGUCGUUCAGCGGGCAAACAGUGGUAGUGGAGAUGGGCCCCAUGUCGGCACCAAAGUCAGGGUGAUUAAGUUGUCAGGAGGGCAGGGGGGAGAGAGUGUUGGCUUUUUUCACCCCGAGGGCCAGCCCCAGCGGCCUCAACAACCUCUAGAGCCAAAGCAGCAGCCAGUGCGGAAGGUCACAUUGACAAAGGGAACACUCCAUCCGCAGCAGCAGCAGCACCCGCAGCAGCAGCAGGUGUCACCAAUACAUUCAACAGUUCCUCAAGGAGUCAAAAACAUCCAGGGAAUUCAUCAAGCUAAGAAGGUCAUUAUGCACGGGAGAGGCAGAGGAGUAGCAGGCCAGAUGGGCCGAGGACGCUUGAUGCCAAAUAAACAGAACCUGCGAGUGGUGGAGUGCAAACCUCAGCCCUGUAUCGUGUCAGUUGAAGGGCUUUCUUCAUCAACUACUGAUGUCCAACUGAAAAACCUGCUGAUGUCAGUAGGACCCAUUCAGAGUUUACAGAUGCUUCCUCAGCAACGGAAAGCCAUAGCGAAAUUCAAGGAGCCAGCGCACGCAUUAGCAUUUCAACAGAAAUUCCACAGGCAUAUGAUAGAUCUGUCCCAUAUUAAUGUGGCACUGAUAGUUGAGUGAUACCUGCUGAGAAUAUAAUCUGUGAACAAAUGAAGUCUACUGUGGAGCUACACAGGAAGAUUCAGUGGCAAAACUAUCAGGAUCUGAAAUCUUUUCAGUUUACUGUCUUUCAUUAACUGGCCUGUGGAACUAUAGAAGGAAACAAGAUGUCCUCAAGAAAAGGUGAACUUGAGAGGAUCUAGCGCCAUGGAGAUUUUGUGUUCAGUUUCUUCACAUUCUGUUGUAACCACAUGGAACUGUAGAUUUUUUCAGCGUGCUUACAUUGCAUGUAGACACUAUUCUUCAGGAUGCUACUGUGUGAUCACAGUGACUUGAGUUGAGAGAGAACAUUUACAUCGAGAAAUUUAAAAACUCACUUUACAGCAAAGAAUAUUUGAUAAUGGUUGCUCUUAUCUUCAGUGCAAGGUAUUUAAAUGAAAACUCACUUUUCUAAACCAAACACAUGAGUCUGUAUCGCCAAGAAGAUAAAAGGUGUGUUCUUAUAUAGAUUAAAACAUGGUCUAUUUAACCAAUCGGUAGUAUGCCAAGAAGAUUUGGAGGUGACACGGGAAGGUUGGAGUUUCUCUUUUUGUAAAUAUGUUAAAUCUUUCUUGGCAUCUUCUAGUCCAGUACAGUCUUUCUGCCUUUUCCCUUCUCUCCUGCUCAUAAGUAAAACACUGUGUAGAAAUGUCAUUGCUACAUUUCCCCCUUGGGUUUAAAAGAAAGAUUUUAAUCUUCACCCUCCAGUAGCAUCAUGAAAUAGUUAACUCUUAGUGGUAUUGAUUACAGUUUAGAUUGUUUUAAAUGGGAAUGCAAGGUACAAGUUAAAACUAAAGCACUUAGGUGCUUGUUUUAAAAAAAAUUGGCAUAGAAAAAAUAGUACAUUUCCCAAUAAUUACUUUGUACCAGAGUUACCUUAAAAUUAUUUUUAUUAAGAUAUUUUUUCUUUGGCAUUUAUUUUGUGAUUAAUGCUCAAACAUAAAAAAAAUCCCCAUAAUAGCAGAAGCAUUUCUUUUGUGAUAUGGUGUUCCUAAUUGAGUUGGGAUUAUGGGGAUGUUAUGCUGCUGCUGAAAUUAGCAGUUCCAAAAAUUAUGUGCAAAGAUUAAGGACAUUUACACUAAAUAAAAUCAACCAUACUUCCUUUGGGUUGGCACUGUCUAGACAGAAUUUCCAAAGGAACAAGUUUUCAGUUACUUCUUGGAUAUGGUUAGUAAAAUGCCAUCACUUAGAUCUGAUCUCAGGUUUACUGAAACAUUUCCUCCGUUCUUAGAUUUGGGGGCGUGGGGGUGUUGUUAGAUCCUUUAAGUACUUGACCUGCAUUUUGAACUUGGGUACCUAUGGGGUCUUUGUAGGUUUAUUGAGACCCAAGUAACAAACAGAAAAACAGUGACAGAGUGCAGUGAAUUUUACAGUAGUAUAAAAGCUGAAACCUAAAAUAAAUGCCAGAACAUGGAAGAACGGGUGUGUGAAGCAAAUUAGUUGCUAUUAACCUUAGCAUUUGUGGAAGAUUUAGUACUAACAAAGUUCUUAUAGGCCUUCUAAUUGGCUUUCUCGCCAAUUUUCUUUUUUUUACUGACUUGCCAAUUAAAUAGAAGUUACUAAAAAUUAAUGAUUGAGCAGUAAAUAUUGUCAGAAGUCUCCCAGACAAAGCUGCUUUCUUUUUCCACUGAAACAAUGCAGGGAUGAGGUUGUAUAUUACAACUAUUACACUGGAAAAUGGAAAAAAAAAGAAAGAGAGAGUUAUUUAGAAAUCCAUUUAGGACCCUUGCAAAGUAUGCCACUUUAACAGAUCGCAGCAGCAUUGUUGGAGCGCUCCCAGAAACGGGAGUUUUAUACUCACCUAGCUCACUCUGGCUUUUCGCAGAAGUCUGAAUCCUGACACUUAGCAUCUUUCAGCACAGCUGGUAUUCUUUGCUCAGGACAGUUGCAAGACUGGACCAGUAGAUGUGUCACAGGCAGAAGUGCACUGGCAACUGGCAAAGCCGUAUGUGUAAGUUAGCAUGAUGCCUGACUUCACAGAGCCUGGCCCAGUCCAGAGCUCUCUAUCUCUUCUCUUCCAUGAGCACUACAGCCUCCACUCCCUCCCCCCCACCCCACACAGUUUCGGUUGUUAUUUUUAAAAGGAAUGCCUACAUCUAUAUAGGUCAUUGAUCCCACUGUGAAAGAACAACUCUGAAAUGAGGUGAUCAGAAAAAACAUGCAAAAAAAAUGAAACGAUAGGGGUAUCUUCCUAUGGACGUACGGACUGGAUGCAACUAGAAUGAAGUCGUGUAGCUGAGUUCAGCAGUGGGCAUGUCUGCAGCUGAUCAGCUGUCCUUUUUACAAGCAGAUGGCCGAUCAAGGGCUUUUUUAGAGCCUAAGGAAUAAGGGGCCUGAUCCAAUGUUCAGAGAAGUCAGUGGAAGGUCUCCAUUGACAUCAGCGGGUUUUGAAUCAGUCCCUUUCAGCCAACUGAGCAGGUUUUAAAAAUUUUUAUUCAAGGCUUUUUUUUUUUUUUUUGCUUUUUUUUAACAAGAAAAACAAAAAAAAACUUGUCCACUGCUAUAGUGUGGCUUGAAAAUAACAUGAACAAUGUCUUCUAAUUUAAGUAGAUUUGAGGCUGUGUAAGCAUUGUUUAAUACAUGUAUAUAUCCCCCUUAAAACAUAAUAGAUUACUGCUUGUGCAUAGGUAGAGUGCAGACAUAUUUGAUAGUGAUUUUAGCUGUUUACUGCAAUAGCUGGGUAUCAUAUACUGAUAAGUGUGCUAUAUGUGUGUAUGUCUAUAUGCAUAUAAUUAUAUACAUACAUACAUCCUGUAUAUUCCCAUAUCUUUUUAACAUGAUCUGAACAGUACAGUAGUAAAAAAAAAAAUAAAACAACUAUUAGGUUAGCCAUUCAUCCAAAGUGUUUCAGUAAAACAUAUCUUCAGUAAUAGUCUCCUAAGUUACAGUUGGAUUUGUUGGUUGUGACCUAUUUGAAUGAUAGCUCCACUUUUAGUUCCAUUUGUUGUGGCUCCUCCCAAAGAAAGCAAAGGAAGAAGAGGUAAAACUAGAAGGCCAUGUAAUUUCCAUGAUCUCUUACAGCACUUAGUUAAAUCUGGUCAUCCUAACUCAACUUUCUUCGAAGAUCUGUUGCAACCAUUAUCUUGUUCUUUCUUUAUCAUGCAUUUAAAAUAAGACGCAGAAUGCAAAAAUUGCAUUUAAUGUAGUAUGUAAAUAUGGAACUUUUAAAAUUAAAAGAUGUUAUUCAAAGUGCUUAUAGUUCAACCACAUCUUAGCUACUUGUUAGGGUUUUUUUUGUGUUGUCUUAUCUAAGUUUAAUGGAUACAGUUCCAUAAUGUUGAUGUGUUUUGUGUAUACCUUCAAAUUUUUAUAAAGAUGCCAGUAAGUCAAUACAUAUAUUUUGAUCUGUGUAUUAUUUGUUCACAAUUAGCUUAAAUUUAGCAGUCAUAUUUUAAGAGGUAAAUAUAUUGUAGGUGAUUAUGUGGAGCCAUUUUUUUUUCUUUUUGAGUUACCUUGUUUUGAUCUUGUGGCAUUUGGAAGUUCCCUUUUUAUAUCGUACUGCAUCUUGAGUAAUAGACUGCUCUGGCCAAACUGUGUAAAAUUUUAGAAAAAUGUUCUAAUUUAUUUUUAAGAAGCCUCUGUCCUUUAAAGGUUGAGUGGGCUACAAAGUACCCUGUCUUUAUUUUCUCAUGUCAGGCUGAGGUUUGGGUUUUGGGAAGGUUCAUUCUUAUUGUAUUGCUCUCAAAGUUUGGGAGGUGGGGUUAUUAUUUUUUAUUCUACACACAGUUCAAGUUGGUCAUGCUAAAUUUUAGUCUCAACACAAUAUCAGUGAUUGGUAUGGUGUUUUGUACAGCCAAAAAAAAGGAAAUAUUUAGAAAUGGUUAAAGAGUUCAGUGAAAGUGUGUAGCUAGGCAGGAGUUCAGAACUAUAAAAUCUUUAUAGGAAUUACAACACACAUUUUAUAACCUCUAGGGGCAGAAGUUAAUCUUAGCAAGUUGAUGUGAGCCAAGAAUGACCAAAUUAUCUCCAAUAUAACUGAACAAAAAGUAGGAUGGCAAUGAGAAACUGCAGCUAAACUUGCAAAAUCUAGGGCAGAAACAGAUCUUUAAAUUGGUAGUUCUAGACCCCAUUUGGAAAACUCAUGCCUCUACAUAUAGGAGCUUUUAGUUGUUAAACUACUAGAUAUACUGAGCAUCUUAAUGCCUUUCACAGUAGGAUUCUGUUACAAAGGUUUAGCCUGAAGAACUUUUACAACUGUAGGUGAACUCAGGUUGCUUGUGUGUUGCUACAUUUAUUGCCUUGGGUGCAUGAUAGCAACUAAUUAUAACUACUUCGGAGAAUAAGAGCAUUUUAUUUGGUGCUGAUAGUUUUUAAUAUAUAUACAGUUUAGUAUCUUCAAUUUGGUCAGCAUUCAGAGCUCUGCAGUUUCCAAGAAGUUGCCGUGUGCACUUCCUAGAAUUGGAUAAAGUAGCUGUGAAUCUUGCCUUUUGUCGUGCUUCUCUGGACAUGUUCUACAUUUGCUUGCCACCACGGUUCUGUAUGUGUGCACUGUCCAACCCAUUUAGCCUGGUGUACGUCCUCUGACUGUUUCUGCUCAAAAGAUACAAUUCUGGCUUCAGAUACUCGCUGUUAGGGGGUUUUUUGUGUGUGUUUUAGUCACCUUGGCAUCAGGUUUGUUUUGGGGGUAUUUAAUUAUUUCUAGUAUUUCUUAAUUUUUCUAGCUGCAGUAUUGGAGAAAAAAUAAAUGGGCGGGGAGAUACUAGACAGAUUGCCGAAGGUCCAGCUAGAUUUUAAAGAGCAUGUAGGGGCAUUCAAGGCUCUUGUUUUGGUGUUGCAUUUCAACUGACUUUGAUUAUUAAAUGUCAUUAUUUAACAUCCUUCUUUAAACACUAAUUAAAAGUAUUUACUAGAAGCAUUAUUUCAAAUUAGUAUUGAAUCCUAAGGAUUUUGUGUAAGGUUUUUGUAACCUAAUUAAUUUUUAUUAUUAUAAUGCCUACAUUUUUAACUUAUUAUCCACAUGAGCGCAGGGUCUUGUGUACGAAAACACUGAUUCAUAUUGGAUCCUCACGUAUACCAUGUUCUGGUAUAAUAUGGUUGGGAAGGAUCAUUUUGUUUUGUUCUAGAGCACUGCCUUUUGCAGGGUAUUUUUUUUUAAUCUUCUGUUUCUUUUUCUAUGCUUAAUUUGGUGGGAACAUGUUAUAUCUUUCAUACUAUGAAACGUCAAUGGGCAGGUUAAUUUCACUGGGUCCUUAAGCACUUGUAUUGCUUUUUCACUUCUUGGUUGAACACAUUUUUCCAACUCUAAAUGGGAAAGGGUCUGUAUAUAUACUUAAUUUCUCAACAGGUGUACAUCAAGGGUUUUUAACUUUAAACUAUUCCAGUUGAUGAAUUUUAAAAUCUUUUAAACCUUAUUACAAAUUACGUAUGUAUUUGAGAGCAGUUCUGUGUAAAGUUUUUGGUUGUGUGCGCUUAUUUGGAAGAUGGCUGUUAAUUGGAACGUUUGUGACCAUUUUUACGUCGUUAUAUAAUUAACGGUUCAGUCUUUUCUUUACAGGCAGUAAUUUUUUGAGCAUCUGACGCAUUUACUUUGCAUGAAUAGAUAUAAAACACUAAUUUUCAAUAACAGUAGCUUUUUCCAGGAUUUUUUUUUCAGGAGAUGGGACUUUUUCAUUAAUUUAUCUUUCAGAUUAAUAUAUAUUAUCAUUUACAGGCACUGCAAAGACAUUAACCCUGAUUUUUCCACAGCUGAUCAUCUGCGUCUGUUCAUCUUGUCAACCAGGCUAGUGAUAAAGCUUUGCCAUUAAAACAAAUUAUGCCACUUUAUUUUAUCAGAUAGUCUCAGCUCAGCCUGUUCCUUCACUCUUCCCUUGCCCCUAUUCUAUCUCCCCUUAUUCCUAAUUUGCUUGCAAUUCCUGCUUUACGGCUUUUUCUGCCUUCGAUACAUCACAUCUGUGUCUGUACGUAUACAUGCCCUCAUGUAUUUCUGCUGAGAUACCUAUCCCUCUAAAGCAUUCUCUGUUCUGUUUCAUUAACCAACUGUUUUGGGAUAUCAGUCUGUGUUGGAAGGAAGUUACACUGCAUCUUUCCACUUUAGUUUUAUAUAUAUAUAUAUAUAUAUAUAUAUAUAUAUAUAUAUCUAUCUAUAUCUGCCACCUCAGGGACAGGCUGUUUUUACAGGUUCUUCACUUUUGGAGAUGAUACUGAUUCCAAAGCACUGGAAAAAUAAUAUUUAACUCUAACAAUUUUGCUUCACAGCUUAUCCACAUAGAGAAGUGACAGCACUUUAUGUACUUGCUCUAAAAAUCUUGGCGUACCAGGAGAUACAGGAUUAAUGACUAACUUUUUCCUUUCCUUUCUUUUUUCAGGAGUUCUGUUCUUGAAUUCAGUGAUAGUAAUAGUACUUUGUUACUGCCACUUAGAAAUAAUGAGCACCUGUCAACACACUUCUUCCUCUAUUACUAUUACUGAAUGUGAUCCUUCCUAACCUGUAACUUUUAAAUGUUGUAUAUAUUUGGGUAUAUUGAAACUAUCAUUUAAACUGUGUUGCUCUAAUCUGGAUUAUUAAGUUUGUUUAUUGGCAGUUCAGAAUAAAAAUUCAAGAGGCGACUGUAUCAUGAUACUGACUCCACUGUGGUUUCACCUGCUGCAUGUUUUCUACAGCAUCAUCUACACAAGUUAUUUUACAUCUCAUUUCUUAGAUGUAAUCUUUCCCAAUUAUAUCAAUUUUUUCCACUUGCAUAAAAUAUUCUGUGGAACAUGUUCAACAGUGAAUGUAAGAAUGAAAAUACAGAAAUAAUCACUGUGCCAGUUUCUUUUAUAUUGUGAUUCCAUGCUCCAAAUAUCAAUAUGUAAUUAAGCGUGUUUAUUGUAACUAAAACAUGUAAAUAAAAUAUUUUCACUUUU